AUGGAGGAUGAGUUUAUCGAGCCAAAGUUUGAUGAUAUCUUGAAACUAGUAAAAGAUAGUGUCAAUCAAUCUAUGAGCAAGUUUGCCAGUAUAUUGAAUCUCACCCCUAGAAUAGAGCAGUCUGAGGGUAAAACGCAAUCAUCGAUGACGAAUAGGCCUCAGAGAGGUGGAUAUCGAGAAGGCUCCAUGAUGCCUAGUAAUGCAUAUAGAUCUAGUGAGUGUAACAGGUUUCGUAGUACAUCCUCAACAGAUAAGUUACAAGAUGCAAGACAAACACGGUUGUGUUUUACACGUUUGCAAGAGGUGCAUAUAAGGCCUGACUCCGAAUUGUGUGACGAUAACGGUGCGGUGAAGAAGUCUGUAGUUGCAACUGGUAAGCCAUUGUUAAAUAGAGUGUCACAGAAUAGAUUUACUGCUUCAGAGUACAGUUCUGACUCCACAAGUUUACAAGGUAUUACUAGUCAGAGUGAAGGUAUAAAAUCUUUAGGGAUUUGUGGGGAAGAACCCAAAUCAUCUACUGCUGUUAAUAAAGAGUUUGAAAAUGAUAAAGUCGACCAGAUAGAUGAUGGUAAAUUGAAUAUUUGUGAUAAUGAUCAUGAUCGUGCAGAUUUGUCUUUGGUUGAUCAUGAUGAAAUGAGGGGAGUGCCUACUACUGCUGAGUUAAAUAAGGGUUCUGCACAGCUCAAAGGUGAAGUAGAAAUAAAUGCAGUUGCAGCAGGCAUGCAUACUUGUCAGACCGUCAGUUUAAUUGAUCAGCAUGUAGCCCACCUAUCAUCAGAUGCUAGUGCUAAACCUGAGCUAAUAGUAAAAGACAGCAGUGGUAGUAAUCUUGCAGUUAGAGAAUUUUCUGAAAGCCGAACAGCAACAGCUUCUGAUCCACCGCUAAGUUCAUCAACUGGUAUCAAUCAGUCGUCGUUGGUGUUGUCAUCCACAAUGAAACAGACGCCCAUCAACUCAAGUAUCUUGUGCAAUGACUUUGAUAGUAUUGGUGCAUUUGAAAAGACGAAAGAUAUUGCUCAGUUUAGUGAGAAUAAGCCAAGUGUAAACGAAAGAGUAAUUGUUAAAUUGACUUGCAUGAAUAAAGGCAUUUCUAGUUUCAAGUAA